CUUAAACCUCACACACACACCAACGCGUCCACUUCGCUGCCUCCCAACAUGAGCCUGAGUCGCAACAAGAGGAUCAGCUCCAGCACCCCUGUCCCCCGCAGGUUGAAUGGCUUCGGGACGCCGCCAGUUGGCUUCAGUGGCGUCUCCCUGAGCAGCAGUUCUCUGUACGCAGGCACCAAUGGCCACCUCCAUGGUCCUGGGUCCCCGCUGGCCUCUUUGUCAGUCAACAAGAGCCUGCUGGCCCCUCUCAACCUGGAGAUCGACCCCAGCCUGUCCAUGAGCAGAGCGCACGAGAAGGAGCAGAUCAAGAGUCUCAACAACCGAUUUGCAUCCUUCAUUGACAAGGUCCGCUUCCUGGAGCAGCAGAAUAAAAUGCUGGAGACUAAACUGGAGCUGCUUCAAGGUCAAGGGGUGGGUCGCUCCAACGUGGAGCCGUUGUUCGAGGCCUACAUGGCCGGCUUGAGGCGCCAGAUGGAUCUGGUCAACAACGACAAGAUCAAGCUGGAUGGCGAGCUGAGGAACAUGCAGGGUCUGGUGGAGGACUACAAGCACAAAUACGAGGACGAGAUCAACAGGAGGAACAACCUGGAGAAUGACUUUGUCCUUCUAAAAAAGGACGUGGACUCGGCUUACCUGGUGAAAGCCGAUCUGGAAGACAAAGUGGGUGCUUUGACUGAUGAGAUCAACUUCCUGCGUAAUGUCUAUGAGGAGGAGCUGCGUGAGCUGCAGGCUAGCAUCCGAGACACGUCGGUUGUGGUGCAGAUGGACAACAGCCGCAGCCUCAACAUGGAGCAGAUCGUGGCUGAGGUCAAAGCUCAGUACGAAGACAUCGCCGCUCGCAGCCGUGAAGAAGCUGAGGCCUGGUAUAAGAACAAAUUCGACCAGAUGUCGGUGCAGGCCAGCCAGUACGGAGACGAGCUCCGCAUCGUGAAGGGAGAAGUGGGCGAGGUCAACCGACUCAUCAGCCGCCUGCAGAGUGAGAUCGAGGCGGUCAAAGCUCAGCGUGGGAGUUUGGAAAAUCAGCUGACUGAGUCCGAGGAGCGUGGAGAGAUGGCUGUCAAAGAGGCCAAAGCCCGCACCAGAGACCUGGAGGACGCACUGCAGCGAGCCAAGCAGGACAUGGCCCGGCAGCUGAGAGAGUACCAGGACCUAAUGAACCUGAAACUGGCUCUGGACAUUGAGAUCGCCACCUAUAGGAAGCUUCUAGAAGGGGAGGAAGACAGGCUCGGACAGCAGUCCAUUAUCAACAUCCAGGCCAUCUCUAACUACAGUAGCAGGAGUUCCAACGGCCACUACCAGACCGCCGGCGGCUCUCCCACUCCGAAGCUACUCAUCAAGACCACUGAAACCAGAGACCACAGCAGAUACAGCACACACUGAUCCGUGACAAACAUCUGUUUGUCAUCAUGGUGUCCACGCAACACCUCAUUACUGACAUUUAAUACAAUUAUUAGUGAUAAAACUUUCAGCUAUUAAAAAAUAAAAGUGUUGUUGUUUAGAAUAAUUGAACUUCAUUAACAGCACAGAAGCAGGGGUGCCGCCUUUUUAUUAUUUGAUAGGUUUGCUAGAUAAUGACUAAGCCUCACAUUCACAUAGGAUAAUACUACAACUAAACUACCGUCCAUCAGUUUUAUUUGUCUUUAAAUGUAAUUGUACACUAACUUAUGAUUGACUUGAACCACUUUACCUGCAUGAUUGUGAUUUACUGUCCCACUCUUAGUUCACUUCAUAAUUUG